UGAGGAAAAAAAAAAAAAAAAAAAAGGAAAAGGAUAGUAGGGAAAUGAGGAUAUAAACUAUCGAUGAAAGGUCACUCAGUGUAUUAGUAAUAAGGAGCUGCUGCUUCGGUUUGGUCUUCUUUAUACGGAGUGUGAAGUAUGAAGUGUCAAAGCUGAAACAUAACACAAAUUAAGAAAGCUCCAAAACCCGAAUCCUCUAAUUAACUUAUAAUUUCUGUUUAGAAUCAAUCAUGGCAAGGAAGAUGCUUAUUGAUGGGGAGCUGAAUCAAUCAAAUGAGCAAGAGGCACAAUUUGAUUUUGAUUUGUUUGUAAUAGGAGCUGGAAGUGGCGGUGUUCGUGCUUCUAGAUUUUCUGCCAAUUAUGGAGCUAAGGUUGGGAUUUGUGAACUUCCUUUUAAUCCAAUCAGUUCAGAUUCAGAUGGAGGAGUUGGUGGAACUUGUGUUCUUCGUGGUUGUGUUCCUAAGAAAAUCUUAGUGUAUGGAGCGUCUUUUGGAGGUGACAUCGAGGAUGCCAGGAACUUUGGUUGGGACAUAAAUGAAAAAGUGGAAUUUAACUGGAAAAAGCUGUUGCAGAAGAAGACUGAUGAGAUUACCAGAUUAAAUGGCAUUUACAAGCGGUUACUGUCUAAUUCUGGGGUUAAACUUUUUGAAGGAGAGGGAAAGAUUGUUGGUCCGAAUGAAGUUGAGCUGACACAGCUGGAUGGCACCAAAUUGAGCUACUCAGCAAAGCACAUAUUGAUAGCAACUGGAAGUAGAGCACAGCGUCCUGCUAUUCCUGGGCAUGAGCUGGCUAUAACCUCUGAUGAGGCAUUGAGUCUGGAAGAUAUGCCUAAGCGUGCUGUGGUGCUUGGUGGAGGGUACAUUGCUGUCGAGUUUGCUUCAAUAUGGCGUGGUAUGGGUGCUACUGUUGACCUCGUUUUCAGAAAGGAGCUUCCAUUAAGGGGUUUUGAUGAUGAAAUGAGGGCAGUGGUUGCUAGAAAUCUGGAAGGCCGGGGAAUCAAUUUGCAUCCCAGGACCAAUUUGACACAGUUGACGAAAACUGAGAAUGGCAUAAAAGUUCUUACAGAUCAUGGAGAAGAGUUCAUGGCAGAUGUUGUGCUCUUUGCCACCGGUCGGGCACCUGUUACAAAGAGGUUAAAUUUGGAAGCUGUAGGUGUGGAGCUUGACCAUGCAGGAGCUAUCAAGGUCGAUGAGUAUUCACGCACCAAUAUACCUAGUAUAUGGGCUAUUGGUGAUGUCACAAACCGAAUGAAUCUCACCCCUGUAGCUUUAAUGGAGGGAACGUGCUUUGCAAAAACUGUCUUUGGUGGGGAAUCUUGCAAACCAGACUAUACCAAUGUACCAUGUGCUGUAUUUUGCAUUCCUCCUAUGUCCGUAGUAGGCCUCAGUGAAGAGCAGGCAAUAGAGCAAGCAAAUGGUGAUAUAUUGGUCUUCACGUCAUCCUUUAAUCCUAUGAAGAAUACUAUUUCAGCACGGCAAGAGAAGACAGUGAUGAAGCUUGUUGUCGAUGCCGAGACGGAUAAAGUUCUUGGAGUUUCUAUGUGUGGGCCAGAUGCUCCUGAAGUUGUACAGGGAAUGGCUGUCGCACUGAAAUGUGGAGCAACAAAGGCCCAGUUUGACAGCACGGUGGGCAUUCACCCUUCUGCCGCCGAAGAAUUUGUGACAAUGCGCUCGCUCACCAGGCGUGUUAAUGCCGGUAACAAACCGAAGACAAAUCUCUGAAAUAUCAGCGAGAGAUUCCAAAGUAUGCUUACAGUGGCUAAAUAUGAACCCUUAGGGAUUUAUUUCUCUUUUAUCAACAGGAAAAGGAAAAAAAAAAAAAAAAAGCGCAGAUUAAUUAAAGAGCUGAAGAUGAGUCUCCAAUAAAAUGUUUUAAUAUAAUCAGCGGUAGUUAGAAUGCUGCUGGAAACUUUGUAAUUUGUUUCUUUGAUUAGUAUUUUAUAUCUUUUGAACUGGUA